CUGUGUCCAAUUGUGCUAACAGAACAGUAUUUCCUGCACCCCCUACCCGUUUCAUAUUAAUUAUCUUAAAAAAAAAGAAAGAUUUGAACACAAGAAGGUGACCAUGAUGGAUACAAUGUUUACUUAUUUGAUUAUUUUAGGAUUUAAUUUUAUAGCAUACACGAACGGUGAUGAAUACUGCUACCACACCGACGACGGAUAUGAAUAUUGUGAUGACUGCUGUGGUAGUUGGCCGCGGGAAUACUGUUGUGAAGACACCUCGGGAUAUGUAGUGGGCGUGGCUAUUGGCGUCACCCUCGGUGUCCUCUUUCUCAUAGGCGUUAUCAUAGCGGUGAUUUGCAUUUGUGUGAAACAAAAAGGACAAUCCGGUCGAGUAAUCCAGCCAAGCUAUACGGGACAACCUGUAGUCUCGACAACAGCAGUAUACCACGUGCCAUUCGGUCAACAACAAGGCAUGAUUCAGCCGCAUGCAGGAGGCGGGGCUCCUCCACCAGCAUACCCGCCCCCUCCGCCGCAAUAUCAACCGACCAGUCAAAAUCUUUACGGACAUCAAACAAGAAAUGCUCCUGAAGGUAUUCAAAGUCAACCGCCUGCAAGUGGAGGGUUGCCGGGAAACCAUCGCGUGGUUUAGUCAGUGAUAAAUGAUAAUGAUUUCAAUUAUGAUAUGACUUUUUUAAAUCAAAAAACAGAUGCAUUUACUGACAAUAUUGACUAUAUUGAUUUUUUUAUGAUUAUAAUCCCCCGCCAAAAAAGUGGCAAAUUGCCCUUUGUUCCUUUUUUCAGAUUUAAUUUGCAUAUUUUCAGGCUAUAACUCAAAAUACUUACAGUAAAAGUAUACCAGCUUUAUACUUUCAGAUUAUUGAACUUUGAGUGCGGGGGGGGGGGGGUUUGGCUGUCUGUGAUUACUUCUUGUUAUUAUCUAAACUGAAUGUUAAUAAACUAUAAAGGAAUAA